GGCACUCUCCAAAACCACUAUGUUCAUACCAUAGACUGUAAAAAAUAGGUUUAUACCUGUAAUCAUUGAUACGCUCAGACUCUUAUAAUGAAGAACUUUUAGUAAUACGUAACCGGAAGAAUUAUCGUGGCUUAUUGACGGUGGUUCAUAUACCGGAAGUACGAUAGUUUUCUUGCAUCAGGCAACGCAAAUUCUCAGUUGGAGCAGAAGUCUGUACCUGCGCUUAUUUCUCUCUCCGGGCUCUUAAUCUCCACCAGCAGCCAUGAGUCUGCAGUGGACGGCUGUGGCGACGUUCCUGUAUGCGGAGGUGUUUGCUGUGCUGCUGCUGUGUGUACCCUUCAUCUCGCCCAAAAGAUGGAACAAGUUCUUUAAAUCCCGUUUUGUUCAAACGGUGACGUAUUAUGGUAACACAGCCUUCAUGGUGGCCAUUGCCAUCCUGGUCUUUCUUCUCAUUGAUGCCUUCCGAGAGGUCCGGAAGUACAGUGUGAAAGAUACAGUUGACCUGACCAACAACCCGGUGGCCGUCGAGCACAUCCACAUGAAGCUGUUCAGGGCCCAGAGGAACGAGUACAUCGCAGGCUUUGCUCUGCUCCUCUGCUUGAUUCUGAGACGCCUGGCCACUCUACUGUCCCAGCAGGCCACGCUCAUGGCCUCCAACGAGGCCUUCAAGAAGCAGGCCGAGGGAGCCAACGACGCUGCCAAGAGGUACAUGGAGGAGAACGAGAAGCUGCAGGACAAACUUCGGGAGGCCGGGAUCGAGAUCCCAGAGGUGGGCGCCAAGCCCGGACCCAGCGUGCAGGAGGAGAACAAGACCCUCAAGGGGGAGGUGAAGAAGCUGAAGGAUGAGCUCGACAACACCAAAAAAGCCCUUCAGAAAUCUGACGGUGAUGUGAAGGCCAUGAAGAAGCAAGCGGAGAACCUCACCAUUGAGUAUGACCGCCUGUUGGAGGAGCAUGCAAAGCUACAGGCAAGUGCCGACUCCCAGGAUAAGAAGUCCAAUUGAUCAGCUGAAGGUGUUUUGCUCCUCAUCACCUCACAGACCUCCUCUUCCUCCUCUUCCUCCACCUGUUUGCUCAUAAAGGACGUGAGUGCUUUAUGCCGCUAGGUGAAAGCACUGUCCAUUACUCUACCUGUGAAACCUCCCCACCUGCACACAUCUGGGAGACGCAAGGCAAAUAUUCAAUGGCCUGCUGGCCCAAUGGUUCCCUUCUGCUUUGCAGUUGAUUUGGUUUUGUUAUAUGCACGUGUGUGUGUACAUAUACAUAUACACACAGUUCGUACACAUUCUUUUUAUAUUUACUAUUAUUGUUUGUUUACAUUCCCUUUUUCAUGCUAACCCGCUUCUUUGAUUAUUUUAUUCCCCUCACUGUACUGUGGGACGAGUGCUCAUUCCACAGCUUUCACGUGGUGAUCAGUGUCGUCCAAUAGGACCAAAACUAGCUGCUCUUCAGGAGUGGCUACAGGUGAAUGUUUAAACAGUUCCAUAUCUGUCAACAUCUAUAGAUAUAACCUAAGUUUGAUAUCUGAGUCAUAACGCUCUUGUGUUUUCAAAAGACAUGGAUGGUCUUGUAUGUAUGUAUGUAUGUAUGUAUGUUGGCAUUGGAAGUGUAUCAUCAUCAAGUGCAUCAUGCCUCGAGUCCGUGGUCUACUGAAUCAUUCCCCUUCAGUGUUCUCACGGUCGGUUUGAUGGCAGUGUGAGGCACAUGAUUUGACUUGGCUGCAGCCAGUUAAGGCUGGAUCCCAAGCCCCGUGCGGAGCCUGCAUAAUCUGAUCCUCUGCCCCAUGUACUGUAAUUUACAGGCGAAGUGUAGUGCCCUCGCAGUGGUGGGCAACGUGCCUUUAGGGGCACAGCCACAGAUUGGGUUUCAAAACAUGCUGGGGGCCAGUCCUACAUGCCCAUGUCUCAAACCCGAACCUAAAAGUGGUAGACUCUGCUAAAAUUCAGUCCGUGUUGCUAAUCAUUGUUAAAAAUGUGAAAGGCUAUUUCCCUUCCUUAUAUUGCCUCAUAUCGCUCUCUGUUUAAGGCUGACUGGGCCAACGUAUGCUCUGUACUGCUCUGCACCCAGUUUUUGUGACCGAGUUGUGUGUACAGUAUCACUGGUAAGAAGCUGGCCGUUAAGUUUGUUCAGUGCUUUGCAGCGCUGUUCCUGUCUUUUUAGCUGGUAGCUGGUCUAGUGGAUGCUGUACAGAUAAAUCUUCCCCAGGCGUGACUCCCAAGAGUGGCAGGACUUGACACCUGUCACUCUGCCUUUUCAGCAGGUGAUCUCUGAGCACGGCCUGUCAGCUCACGUCCGGCAUUCGCUGCGGCCAGCAGUGCCCUCUGCUUCGUAUCAUGAAUUGUGGCACCUGGUAAAAAUAGGCACCUGCAGAAAAGCCCCCCCCCAGUGGUAUGGGCAUGAGGGCAGCUGUUGACCACCACAGGGUCUAAGGAAGCGUUAGUCCCCCUGGGACGACGCUAGAUUAUUUUGUGUGAUGUAACGAUGGCAUAUGGUUAGGGCUUUUAAGAAUGGGCCUGGGAAGAAGACUCCCUGCUCUGUAGCUUCAGGCGAUGGCCAUAGUGCUGUUGUUAGGAUUAUCUUUCUGGAAUGGGACGUUAGGGAUUGUCACGAUGUGUGUUGGUGUGAAAGGGUUUUCUGGCUGUAACAUUUGUAAUUUGCAAGUCAAUAAAGUAAAAAAAAAAAAAAAACAAA